GCCAUCCUUCAUCUUUGUCCUGCGUAGCGUAGGAUAUUGCCCUCUAGCCUCUUCCCAUAUGCGCCGGGAGGGUUGACGUGGCGUUGAAAUAUCCUUGCUCAUUCCUAUUUGUUCUCAAGUUAACUGCCUGCGCCCCGACUUUUCAUAUGAUUGCUGCCAAUUUCCCUAUAUCUGAACGUCUGCUGUCUCUGUCGUGGUCAAUUUUCGUGAGCCAGGCUUGAAAACGCAGCCGCUAGGGUUCUGGGGUCCGGAAGCGCCCGUUGAAUCCCGUCGCUGCUCAAACCUUCCAAAUCGACAGAAUGGCUUGUUCUAGUCCUUCCAUGACGGUGGAAUCCCAUGCGGAUCGAGAGGACACAGGCGCGACAUCAGGAUUCUUUUCUCCAACGGAAAUCCUCCGUAAUCGGAGACGCAGACAUUCGUUUCAUUCCUCUCGCCGGCUUUCCUGCGAUUAUGAUGCCGAUGCUAUAUUUCUUAGGGUCGGUCGAAUUAUUUCUUGCUGACUUGGAACGGCGGCUACAAUGGCUGGAAGAUUACAGACAGUCCCACGUGGUAGAUAUUGAUUCUGGCUUGAAGAGAGCGUACGCCGCUUUGCAGGCGGUCCGAGACAAAUGCAGCCAUGCAUCUGGCGAACUGAUGGGUGGAGGGAAGCGCCGUGCAAGAAUUGUGGUGGAAACUAUGGAGGAACAGUAUAACCAUGCUCUCGCAACCAAAGAGACGUUGGAGCAAAAAGCUCAGGCUAGUAUGCGGCUGAUGGAGAGCUUCUUAUCGGAACUGGAAGCGAGUGUUCAUGCCGUCAAAGACAGAGGUAUAUACGUUGCCAUCGACGAGGGCUGGCGGGCAGUGGAUUCGGGUUUACACCAUGCGCGGGUUGUCCUUGACGAGGGCAUGGAACGUGCACGUCAUGCCCAAGUUGCACUCCGGGAAAGCAUCGAUCGCGCGAUCCAGUUAGCUCAAGAAAAGCGCCUCAUCACGUACGCCGAUCUCCCCCACCCAUGGAGAGUGAACCCGCACAUCCUGGACGGUUAUCGAUUCACCACAUCCAAGAUUGAAUGCGUGACUUCGGUUUUCACCUUUUCGAAUGAGCUCGUGAACAUUUGGUCGCAUCUGAUUGGCCUAAUCAUAGUUCUAGCUGUGGCACUUUACUUCUACCCUCUGAGCCCGAACUUCUCCCUGAGCACCAAAGCCGACGUCGCUAUCGCUGCUAUAUUCUUCAUAGCCGCCUGCAAAUGCCUUGUUUGCAGCACAGUAUGGCACACAAUGAAUGGCAUUGCAUCGCAAUCCCUGAUGGAACGAUUCGCCUGUGUGGACUACACCGGAAUAUCCUUUCUGGUCGCUGCCUCUAUCGUUACCACUGAAUAUACCGCCUUCUACUGUGAAGCCUUGUCUCGCUGGAUUUACAUACUCAUGACCUCUUCCCUAGGCAUCGCUGGCAUCAUCCUUCCCUGGCAUCCCACCUUCAACCGUGCUGAUAUGGCCUGGGCACGUGUUGCUUUCUACGUGACUCUUGCUCUCACCGGGUUUGCGCCAAUCGUUCAACUGAGUCUCACCCGAGGACUGGCAUGGUCUCUCUAUUUUUACGCCCCUAUCAUGAAGAGCCUCCUGGUGUACCUAACCGGUGCUUGUAUAUACGCUUCCCAGGUGCCCGAGCGUUGGCGCCCUGGCUUCUUUGAUUACUUUGGGGGUAGCCAUAACAUUUGGCACAUCGCUGUGUUGGGUGGGAUCCUAUUCCACUACCAUGCGAUGCAAGAUCUUUUUGCGGGUGCUUUUGUUCGUGCUCAGGGUGAAUGCCCUGGUUUGGCUUAUUAGAAUAGACUAUACACAUAUAAUAACGACCGCAC